AUGGUUAAAUACUUUUUUCGGUUUAAUAUAUACGACCCACAACAUGUAUAUAUCAUAAAUUCUUAUGAUUACUGGAUUUUUAAGUUUAAUUCUGCCCGUCUUAUUUAAAUUAUACCUCAAACAACAUGUAUUAUUUAAUUGCAUAUAUUGAUAUCCCUAAAUAUCCAAUUCUAUUUUCAGCAAUAGGAAAUUAUUCUUAAAAUUCAACUAUUUUAAAUUAAUGAUGGCAUAGCUGGAUGGGGAUUAAACCAUGUUUAAAUGACUCCAGGUUUUUUUCCAAAAAAAAACUGUUAAUUGUGUGAGGUAUCAUUUAAAUGUAAGACUUGUGCAAAUGGAUACUAUAGGAAUAAGAACAAUAAAAUUAGAUAAGUAUUAAUUCUAAUAUACUUGUAUUGUAAGUUGUUCAGAACAAUAUUUAAAUUCACAUGGUUAUUAUUUUUACGAUUUUGA